ACGUUGCCAACUUUAUUGACUUAAGUACAAACGAAGACAAAACGUACGCGUGUGGAGUGGAACUUACAGCCGGUAGCUUUUUCAUUAAACAACACGCGAGACCUUGUGCGUUUUCGAUUUCCAUGGCAUAAAUUUGAUUAAAAAAUAAUGUGGUAUACAUAAUCAUAUUAAGUCUUUGUGAUAAAAACGGAUUUGAAAGAAAAGUGACAGUGUUUUAGUGAAAUAUACAUUUCUUGUAUUAGUUAAAGCUUUAUGCUCCAGUAUUUGCAAUAUUAGAGAAAGGACAUGAUUUCAACAGUUUUCGAAACGCAGGAAACAUUUUAAAGUGACCAAAGAGGCAUUAAAUAACUGGUUGACCGCAAGCUACGAUUGAACAUGGGGGAUCGGGGCGCGACGGGGGACGCUUGGGGUGCGCGCGACGAUGCCUCGUGGUGGCCGGGUGGCGCAGGUGAACUACAGCAUCAACAACAAUUACAUGAGGAAAUCGCAAGAAGUACCGCAGCCUCAACUCAUCAACUGUACACCUAUAAAAUGACCGGAGGAUUUUCAAAUAAUGGUGGUGAUAACUCGACUCCAAGUUAUGAUUACCGCAUAAUGUCGAAUUCGAAUGCAAGAGAGGAUUCUCCUCAACAACCGUGGUGGUACGCAUCAGGAUCGGUAGAAUCGCAACAAACCUCUUCACCUACGCCACAAGGUCAGUCAAGUCCUGAUUCUGAACACAACAAUCAGCAAGCCAAUGGUAUACAACAGAACCACCAGACUCUGCAACAAGUACAACAAGAACAGCAAAACCAGGCUAUCCAGCAGCAACAAAACCAGCUGCAACAGCAGCUGCAGCAACAGAACUUACAGCAAGCUCUGCAGCAACAUAAUCGUACACUGCAACAAACUUUACAGCAACAACAACAGAGUCAACAGGAAACGUUGCAGCAAAUGCUGCAACAACAUCAACAGCAACAGCAGCAACAACACCAGCAACAGCAACAACAACAGCAGCAACAGCAGCAACAACAGCAACAACAACAGCAACAAGCCUUGCAGCAGAGCCUACAACAGACUCUGCAAGUGAGUCAAGCCCAAGCUCAAGCCAUUGUUCAGGCACAGGCAGCUUUGCAACAGCAAGUUGCUCAAACUCUGCAGCAACAGCAACAAACUCUGCAUGAACAGUUGCAAGCUGUACAGCAACAACAAAUUCAAGCUGCAUUACAACGGCAAUCUGCCACCUUACAGGAGUUGCAGCAUCAGGCUCAACAGCAGGCGCUACUAGCUCAAGCUCAGGCCACUGUGAAACAGAAGAUGCCGAGAGCCAGGGCAUACAACAAGCCGCGGGGCCGCAUGACAGCCUACGCAUUCUUCGUACAAACUUGCCGUGAAGAACACAAGAAGAAACAUCCUGAUGAAAAUGUUGUCUUUGCUGCAUUCUCAAAGAAGUGCGCUGAGAGAUGGAAUACAAUGUCAGAGAAGGAAAAGCAACGGUUCCAUGAGAUGGCUGAGCAGGAUAAGAGACGGUUUGACCUGGAGAUGCAGAACUACGUGCCACCCAAGGACAUGAAGGUGCGCGGACGCAAGCGGCAACAGAUGAAGGACCCUAACGCGCCCAAGAGAUCGCUAUCAGCUUUCUUCUGGUUCUGCAAUGAUGAGCGUUCGAAGGUGAAGGCAAACAACCCGGAGUAUACAAUGGGUGAUAUCGCCAAGGAGUUGGGCAGACGCUGGGCAGCCGCCGACCCCGAGACCAAGUCAAAGUACGAGAGUUUAUCGGAGCAGGACAAGGCGAGAUAUGAUAGGGAGAUGACGGCGUACAAGAAGGGUCCCCUGGCGCUGACGCAGCAGCAGGCGGCGGUGGUACCGGACGUGGACGAGGACGGCGACUUCGACGCCGAGGAGGAGUACAAGUGAACUCCCCCACACGCCGCGCUGAGAUCCUGGCCGACAGCACAGCCAUGGCAACAGUCCUCACACACCAAACUGUUCCUUGUGCACUAAAUUUUAAAGUUUACCUUAUAGCUACAGUCGACCCCUAACUUUGCCUACAAUUUUAUAUACUCGGAUAUUUUUAUACAACGACUGGUCAUUUGUACAGAUAUUCGAUAGCGGACGACUGCUUCUCAUAUACCUAAUAAUAUACCCUCGUGGAGGUCUCUAUUUUUCGUUUGGAAGGUUUUGCCUGGCAAACAUUGGUUUGCUCAGUGAGAUCUCUGAAAUUAUAAGUAUAAUUUGUUGUUGUUUAGUCUAUGGUUAGUUUUCUGUUUCGACAUUGUUUUUGUUGUCGAAUAUUCUAAUUGUAGGUGCGAUCAUAAAGCGCAAUCGUCGCGGUCACGCCGAGCGGCGGCGUGGCGGGCGAUGCUUCGUCGAGCAACCUGUGAAUUGUCUUUAGGAUCGGGUUUCAAGGGGCCUUAUAAUUUGAAUCAUGUAACAGCAAUAGUAAAUAUGUACGGAACAAAAUUAGGUUAAAUGAGUCCAUCGAAAGAAAAUUAAAAUUAAGUGGAUAGUAUUUGAAGUUAGAAAAUUUAGAUGUAAGUUUGAAGAGAGUGAGUGAGAUUUUGUUAUUCGUGAUGAGAAAAUGUAUAGUAAAUAAAUUAUAUUCCUUUAUUUACCUUAGAUUAUUUUAUGUUAUUCAUAUUUCUUUUACUUAUUAAGGUCUUGUUUAAAUUAAAAAGAUACUAUAAAGACAUUCGAUGCGUUGUUUUGUGGCCAUUUUAUUUGAUCAUUAUGUUGAUCAGUAGAGAAUUGUAAAUUCUUGUUUAAUGAAAUUGUUUAGUCGCCGGAUAGUCGUUUGGUUUUACCAUUUUACAUAGUAACGUAUGUAUCGUGUGUACAAAGAACUGCAAGGACUGCUACCCGUGAUAGUACUUAAAUUUGUAGGUCCCAUUACCGUCUAUAGAGUAAAUGCUAGAUAUUCCUACCUUUGCUUAUUUGUAUUGUUAAAUGUCAUUUGACUGUUUUUAUUUUUUCAAAUGUUUGUUUUUGAUGACGUCUUACACGAUUAAGCAAUUAUUUAAGCAAUUCCACGAAAUUAGAACCGUGUCGUAUUAAAGUCUAGUGGAAAGGAAAAUGAGAAAAAUAUUUUAAGUCGUUCUUAGUGUAAUAGGGGCGAUAUUGUUUUGAUAUUGAUAAAUGCUCACUGUACAAAACAAUAUAGUGAAUCUUUUACACAAA